CCCGCCGCAUCCGCAUUCAUGGCGCAGAAAUCCGUGCUGGCUCUCCUGACCGCGAUGCCGGCCCCGUUCGUCGUCAAUUCACUCUUCCCCCUCCCAUCAGCGGUGUCCCCAUCCCCGGUGUCGCAUUCUCCCGCACCCUCACCACCGAGGUCGAGCCUGUUGGUUCUUCCGCCCGUGGUGGUGGCCGCGAUGAAGAUGAUUACAUCCGUAUGAUCAAGUUCGCCGAGCCUGGGAUUCCGUUGAGUAGGACCAGGACGUCUAUGAGUGGGAUGUCUACGGCGAGUGGAAUAAGUGCGAGGAUCUCUCGUCGUGGAAGUUUCGGACGUGAGGAGGUUCCGGCGGAACUUAGAAUUCCUCCCAUCUACCGCACCCUCUCCAUCCAAGUCUCCAACUCUGUCGCCCGCCCCGAGGUAAAACCCCCCACCAAAGCCGCCGGCGACGUCGCCUCCCUCGACUGGCACACAAUCCCCGAACCCGAACUCCUCGCCCGCGUCGGCCUCGCUUCCCGCCCCACCGGUCUCUCCGCCUCCUCCGCUGCUACCCGUCUCAAGGAAGGCGGCCGUAACGAAAUCACCCCUCACCGCCCCAACCUCGUCAAGAAAUGGCUCGAGUAUUUCUUCGGAGGCUUUGGGUCCUUGUUGUUCAUCGCUGCCAUCGUCUCCAUUAUCUCGUGGAGGCCGUUGGGUGAUCCGCCUGAGGUGCCCAAUUUGGCGUUGGGUGUGAUUUUGUUGGUUGUUAUUUGUAUCCAGGCUGGGUUUAACGCUUAUCAGGAUUGGAGUACGACGCGUGUUAUGUCGUCCAUCGGAAACCUCUUGCCGGCUGAAGCUCUUGUCUUGCGUGAUGGUCAGCAGACUCGUAUCGCUGCGGCGGAGUUGGUCGUCGGUGAUUUGAUUUAUGUCAACCUUGGAAACAAGAUUCCGGCUGAUAUUAGGAUGCUCGAGGUUUCGUCUGAUUUGAAGUUCGAUCGGUCUGUGCUAACGGGUGAAUCGGAUGCGAUUGCGGGGACUGUUGAGUGUACUGAUCCGAACUUUAUGGAGACGAAGAACGUUGGGAUGCAGGGUACGCACUGUGUUUCUGGUUCUGGUCUCGGUGUCGUCAUUCAGACUGGUGAUAUGACCGUCUUUGGACGUAUUGCCAAGUUGUCUUCGUCUGGUGGCGGUGCCAUGACUACGCUCCAGAAGGAAAUUCUGCGGUUCGUUAUCAUCAUCGCUUCGUUGGCCGUGUUCACAGCAGCUCUUGUUGCGAUUCUUUGGGGUGCGUGGUUGAAGAGGGAUUACCCCAAUUACCUCAACACUUCUGCUAUCCUCAUCGAUAUCAUCACUGUCGCUGUCGCUUUCAUUCCCGAGGGAUUGCCGGUUUCUGUCACGUUGUCCUUGACCAUCAUUGCGAAUGCGAUGAAGAGGAACAUGGUUCUGUGUAAGAGUUUGACGACUGUCGAGACGUUGGGUGCCGUCAAUGUGCUUUGCUCUGAUAAGACUGGUACGUUGACGCAGAAUCGGAUGUUUGUUCAGAACACGGCUAUCUUGGAUCAUGAGGUUCACAGUGAUCGUGCGAGGGAGGUUGUUGUCGAGGACCAGCCUCUUGGCAAGGCCAUCGUGCAGCUCCAACACGUUGCUGCUCUUAACGACGCCGCUCAGUUCGAUGCAGCAACUAUGACCCUUCCAUUGCUCGAGAGAAAGAUCAAUGGUGAUGCCACCGACACCGCCAUCCUCCGUUUUGCCGAACAGCUUGGUGGACCUGGUUCUUACGUUGCCGAUCUUUACAAGUCCUUCCACAAACUCUUCGAGAUCCCGUUCAACUCUCGCAACAAGUUCAUGCUCCGUGUAUUCCGUCCGCAGGGUGGUGAAGAUCCCACGCGUGAUGUGGCGCGUGCGAUGUCUGCCGGCGAAACCAAGGAUUUCGAUAUCGAGGGUGGUGAUAUGAUUCUGUUCGUCAAGGGUGCUCCGGAUGUUUUGAUGCCUCGUUGCGCUUCGUAUGUUCACCCGGAUACCGCAGAGGUCUUGGAGCUCGAUGAGGCUGCAAAGGAGAGGAUUGCGCAGUUGCAGCAGACUUGGGCUUCCCGUGGUCAGCGUGUUCUUCUUCUUGCCAGGAAGGUCUUGAAGUCGAAGAUUGUUCCGCAGAAUGUUCAACCUGAGGACACCGAGUUUGCUGAUAUCAUUAUGGAGGCAAACACGGAGUUGGUUAUUGUCGGCUUGGUUGGUAUCGUUGAUCCUCCCCGUACGGAGAUUCCUGAUGUCGUUGCCAUCAUGAGGAGAGCUGGUAUUCGAUUCUUCAUGGUUACUGGUGACUUUGCAUUGACUGCUGCUGCCAUCGCAAGGCAGUGUGGUAUCAUCACCGUCGAUAACCCCGAUGAUCUUUCCGCUCUUGAUGCUGGUGCUAGCUUCGAGUCCGUUGUCAAGUAUGACCCCGAUAUGCCUGAAGAGGAGAAGAGGAUGAAGUCUAUCGUCCUCAGUGGUAAGGAUCUGGAAACCAUGAACGAGGCCCAGUGGGAGCAGCUCUGUCAGUAUGAUGAGAUCGUCUUUGCCCGUACCACCCCUGAGCAAAAGCUGAAGAUUGUCAAGGAGUUCCAGGCUCGUGAUAACGUUGUCGGUAUGACUGGUGAUGGUGUCAACGACGCUCCUUCUCUCAAGGCUGCUGAUAUCGGUAUCGCCAUGGGUGGUGGAUCUGAUGUUGCUAUGGAAGCUGCCGACAUGGUCUUGCUCGAUUCUUUCGCGUCGAUGGUUGUGGCUAUCGAGUAUGGUCGUCUUGUGUUUGACAACCUGAAGAAGGUCAUCAUUUACUUGCUUCCUGCUGGUUCGUUCUCUGAGCUCUGGGCCGUUCUUGUCACUAUCUUCUUCGGUAUGCCCCAGGCUAUCUCCUCGAUUCAGAUGAUUAUCAUCUCCAUCUUGACGGACUGUAUCGCGUCCAUGAGUUUGAUGAUGGAAAAGCCCGAAGCUGAUCUGUUGACCCGCAAGCCCCGUAACCUGAAGAAAGACCGCUUGGCCAACUCCAAGUUGCUUGGUCAGGCGUAUGGUUUCUUGGGGUUGUCCAUGUUGGUUUGUGCCAUGUCCAUGGCUUUUCGUGUCUACCGCAAGAACGGUAUCCCCUUUAGUGCGCUCUGGUUGUCCUUCGGUACACCCAAGGUGAACGGCGUGGAGAUCGAUGCUCAGUUCUACCAAGAUAUCACGUACGAGGCCCAGUCGACCUACUUCGUUACCUUGGUUUUGAUGCAGUGGUUCAACUUGUUGGCCACCCGUACCCGUCGUUUGUCCAUUUUCCAACAGUCUCCUAUCCUCAACCCGGCUACGUCAAACUACUACCUCUUCGGUGCCAUGGCUAUUAACCUCUGCAUCUUGUUCUUCUUCCUUUACGUGCCUGCUUUCCACCACGCGUUCGGUACCAGGCCCGUUCAGGUUGAGUACUGGUUCAUUCCGCUUGGCUUUGGUACAGGGUUGUUGAUCCUCGAUGAGAUCCGUAAACUCAUCGUCAGGAGGUUCCCGCAGUCCUUCUUGGCGAGGAUUGCUUGGUGAUGGGGGUGGAGUGUUGGUGUAUGAUAUGAUCAUGAAUCGUGAAGAUUGAU